GCGCUAGGACAGCUGAGGAAGUCUGAUAAGCCGCUGCUAGCACUGGGCGCAACCAUUUGCGCCUUGUCUUUCCAAAGACAAAGACUGGGACUGUUGGGAAAAGAUCUAAAACAGCAGUCUUAACCCACACCGGGACUGUCCGAGACAUCCAGGAGCGAGCAUGGCUCUGCCCAUAGACCAGACGGAAGAGCCCCGUCUGUACCAGCAGACCCUGCUGCAGGACGGCCUCUGCGAUCUGCUGGAGAGUGACAGCAUGGUGGACUGUGUGCUGAAGAUUAAAGACAAGGAGUUCCCCUGCCACCGGCUGGUGCUGGCCGCCUGCAGCUCCUACUUCCGGGCGUUCUUCCAGUCGGGCGUGGAGGAGAGCAAGCAGCGUGAGAUUGUUCUGGAGGACAUCGAGCCCGGCGUCAUGGGCAUGGUGCUUAAAUACCUCUAUACGUCCAGCAUCAGUGUGACAGAGCAGAAUGUGCAGGACAUCUUCGCGCUGGCCAACAUUCUGCAGAUCCCAUCCAUCUUCACCGUGUGUGUGUCGUUCCUGCAGAAGCGACUGAGUCUGAGCAACUGCUUGGCUAUCUUUCGCCUGGGCCUCAUGCUCGACUGCCCCCGCCUGGCUGUGUCGGCCCGCAACUUCGCCUGCGAGCGCUUCCCGUUGAUCUCCAAAAAUGAGGACUUCCACCGGCUCAGUCCCAGCGAGCUGGCGGCCGUCCUCUCGUCGGACGUGCUGAAUGUGGAGAUGGAGCAGGCUGUGUUCGAGGCCCUGCUGGAGUGGGUGGCGUAUGACAGAGACACGCGGCUUCCGGAGCUUCCGGCCCUGCUGGACUGUGUGCGCUUCCGUCUCAUGCCGCAAGACUAUUUUGCAGAGAAGGUGGAGCAGCAUGAGUGGCUGCGAUCCAACCCAGAGGUUGGCAAGAAGCUGCAGCUGGUCAAAGAUGCCCACGCUGGGAAGCUUCCAGAAGUCAAGAAGGGGAAGAAGAGAGAAGAAGAGGCCAAGAAGGAGGGAGAGGAGGAAGAAAAGCAGGAGGAACUACUUCCUGGAAUCCUGAACGAUAACCUGAGGUUUGGCAUGUUUGUCAGAGACCUGAUAUUUAUGAUUAGUAACACUGGCUCUGUGGCUUAUGACCCUUUAGGGAAUGACUGCUAUGUAGCAUCACUGUCCACCCAGAUUCCAAAAAAUCACUGCAGUCUAGCUACCAAAGAGAACCAAAUCUUUGUGGCUGGAGGACUUUUCUUUGAUGAACACAGCAAAGAGGAACAGCUCAACUCAUACUUUUUACAGUUUGAUCCCGCAAGUUCAGAUUGGCUCGGCAUGCCCCCUGUGCCCUGCUCACGGUUUCUUUUUGGCAUGGGUGAAGCAGACAACUUCAUCUUUGUCAUUGGUGGAAAAGAGUUGAAAGAAGGAGAGAACUCUUUGGAUUCGGUCCUGGUUUACAACAGGCAGUCUUUCAAAUGGGGAGAAUCAGUUCCAGUCCCAUAUGCAGUAUAUGGCCAUGGAACGGUGUCUCAUAACGGACUCAUCUACGUAAUAGGAGGAAAAGGAGAUGACAAACAGUGUCUGAAGAGAGCGUGUGCCUACGACACAAAGAAAGAGGAAUGGAGAGAACUAGCGCCAUUGAAGACGGCACGAUCGCUGUUUGGCAUCGCCGUUCAUAAUAACAAGAUCUACGUGGCUGCAGGUGUUACGGAUGCUGGCCUAACUGGCAGCGUAGAGAUCUAUGACAUUGCAACAGACAAGUGGUCUGAGUUUGUGGAGUUUCCUCAAGAGCGAAGUUCCCUCAGUCUUGUCUCAGUGGCAAAUGCUAUCUAUGCUGUGGGCGGCUUUGCAAUGGUUCCAAAUGAAGACGGUGAGCUCAUACCCACAGAAACUAAUGACGUAUGGAGGUAUGAUGAAGGUGAGAAGAAGUGGACCGGUGUCCUGAAAGAGAUCCGCUAUGCUUCCACUGCCACGGUGCUGGGUGUCCGUCUCAACACGCUGAGACUCACUAAAAUGUAAGCAGAGACUGAAGCAGUCUGGGGCUCCAAGCUUUCCCUGUGCCAAGAAACAAUGUCAUGAACUCUUCAUUUUUCUACUAAAUGAUGCAAUUUCUAAACCUUU